UGAUUCCCUUUACAUAGAUAAAAGAGGCGACCUAACAAAGGAGGAUGUACACAGCUGGAGUGAAUCCCCUUUACGCGUCCAAUUUUAGCCUUUGGUCCGCCUAUUGUUCUGCUGGUUUUGCGAUGGAGACUGUGAAGAAGCCUUCGUUUUGCAUUGCUGACAUUCUGCAUGUUGGAGACGCUGAAAACGUGGCUGGGUCAUCAUCGCUUAUGGCGCAUAUGGGAGCCCGGGCUCAAGUUCAUUCCUCGGCAUCUCCACUUCGCCCAUCUCCGUUAGUGCCGGACUCUUCCAUUUUCGGUGCGCGGGUGAACGCAGCGUCUGUCUACCACAGACAUGGAAUACACUUGACCUCUGUGGGCAGAACUACACUGUUUUCUCAAUCAUCACCCCCAACUUGUAGCAAAGACCUCAAGUUUGGUAUUGAUCGGAUAUUGUCUACAGAAUUCGAAACAAAGUCAAAAGAAUCGUCUUCAUUAAGAGAUCUCACGUCUAUUGUUAGUUCAAAUCGACAGUCAGCCGUCCACGUCUCUGUGCAGCCGAGCGCAAGUCAGUACUUCUCCAUAGAACCGGGGAUGAGCGACGCGUCGUCCAUGAUAAGCUCCAUAGGCAAUGCCUCCUCCAGGCAAUCAGGCCAACAUCAGUAUCAGGACACUUUUCCAGGGCCAUAUGCGGUGCUCACCAAAGACACAAUGCCACAGACGUACAAGAGAAAAAGAUCCUGGUCAAGAGCCGUGUUCUCCAAUCUACAGAGAAAGGGGCUUGAAAAACGUUUUGAAAUACAGAAAUACGUCACAAAACCCGACAGGAAACAGCUUGCUGCGAUGCUUGGCCUUACAGAUGCUCAGGUAAAAGUAUGGUUCCAGAACCGACGUAUGAAAUGGAGACAUUCCAAGGAGGCCCAAGCCCAGAAGGACAAAGAGAAGGGGCAGCCAGAGAAGAGCGAAAGCGAGCAGAAAGCGCGAGAUGAGUCCGAGUGCGAGAGCGAGCAGAGCGAGUCCGACUUCGAUGAUGAAGCGGAACCCAAAAAAGAAGCAGACAUUUCUGAACCGAACAAAGCCAGUGUGAUCAUGCCCGGACCCCCUCCUACAGCCACCGAGAUCCUCACACCAUCAACAAACACCGACACAGAGACAAACUCAUCCUCGCAAAUGUUGUUUUGAACUUCACGCUGGAAAAUCAGCACUCAUAAACUUACAUGACCACUAAGAUCAAAACUUGAGAAGAGUCUUAAAACGAGGGAGUGCCGUGCGGACAGGUUUGCUUGAGUCGAGCCCUGGCAUCUGGCUCCUGUAAAGUAGCUGUAUUCAGCGAUUCAACUGACUAGUUCUUUUUGAAAUAAAAACGUGUUCUUUAUUGUGGAUCUUCACCUAAGCAACUUCAUGUUUACCUGUGGACCUUCAUCUUCGGGAAAUUAAAGCCAUGUAAAUCUUAUUAAAGUUAAUGAAUCUGAUUAUAUUGUAUUAUAUUUUGGUAUUUGCACUGAAAAUGUAAAUAAAAGUGUUACGUCUAUU